AAUCAUUUUGUUUCUUUAUUUAUAAGGAACUUGGAUUUUUAGCUGUGUGAAAAUCACGUUUUAUGCAACAAUUCUCUUGGAUCUGGGAGGCAGGAUAUGUCGACUCGUUACAUACGAGAUUUUUAAAUGGAAAAUACUUUGCUUUAUGCAAAUCGUGGAUGCAGGUGAUGGUGAAGGUGAAAUAGACAUGGAACUUUCACAUGGCUUAGAUAUUGAAGAUGAAGACCUUGCUACUGGAUUAUCAACAAGUGAUGCUGGUUUUGACACUAUCAUUGGUCACAUAGAAGAUAUUGUAAUGGAAGAAAAGUUUCAAACAAUUCAAAACAGUUUUUUAGAUAAAUAUUAUAAAGAGUUUGAAGAUACAGAAGAAAAUAAAUUCUGCUAUACUGAUAUCCAUAAAGAAUAUAUAUCUAUAAUAGAAUCUUAUUUAGAAACAGAACUGAAGAAGAGGAUGCCAGAAUUUUCCAUGUUAGACUUCACUCAACAAUUGCAGGUCAGAAAGCAAGAGUUGGAAGGAGAAAUUUUUGAAAUUCUAAUCACCUUCAGUGAUUUUAUGGCAUUUAAAGAAAUGUUGCUUGACUAUAGGAAAGAUAAAGAAGGCAACACAAUAGAUCUCAGUGGUGGCCUGACCAUUGUACCUGUUAAAGACAAGACAAAUUCUGGAAGUUUCUCAGGACUUUGCAUUUCUGGGAAAUCUAUCAAUGGACCAUAACUGUGUGAACAGCUUUUUAAAAUAGACAAUGUAUUAUAUUUUUGUGAACAAGUUCAAGGCAAGUCAUUUCAUCAAUGCAACAGAAGUUUUCAAGAGUUUGCAAGAGUUCCUCAUGCUAUUGACAUUUUUCUAUUUUUCUAAACAAGAGAUAGUGGAUGAAAAAGAGUAAGAGAUAAUAAUUAAAGCUCGCUAUUGUCAUUAUUUAAAUCUGUUGUCAAAUUGGGUACCAGAGUGCCUUUGAUUCACCUAGUCGGCUCCUGCCUGUAGUCAUAUUGAACAUAUGUGUACAAAUGUGACCAUACUAAUGUAGUUAAAAUACUUCUUAGCUAUGAUUUUUAAAGUUUAUAAAAAGUCUUGUUUAUCAAUAGAUGUUUAGGAUAACAAUGGUAACUCAUUAGGACAUGCAUUAGAUUAGUAAUUUGGCUGUUUUGUUACAGCUGAUCCAAGCUAAUAGAAAAUCUUAUUUAUGGUUGUAAAAUGAUCAAAAUCUUGUUGAGUUAUGACUUGAUUAUUUACAUAUUAUUGAUAAUGGCUUGCAUAUUUUUUAUUUCAAGUCAAUUUAAAUGUGAUAUAUAUUAAAUUGUGCUGACUAACUCAUAGUUACACUGUGGACAUGUGAAGGUGUCUAACUUAACUAAAUGCCAAUCUUGUACAGUUCAUUUCAUUACGUAUUUGAUUCAUUUUAUCAUUUUGAAAGUAUUUUAAGGAUCAAUGAAUGGUGGUUCACAGCUGGAUGCCUCUUCUGACAGUUCAUUUUAUAAUAUAGUACUUAGUUUUUUAUUGUAAAUACAAGACCAAAACAUUGAGUUGUAUCUCUAAGUUGUAACUUUAAAAACCUUCACCUACUGUUUUUAUAUGAUAAUAAUUGCUCAAUAGUGUCGUAGAAACAAAUUUAAAGGAAAGAAAGACAAAUACUUUUACCUUUGUGACUCAAAUUUUUCAACUUAUUUUGGGCAGUUAUCUGCAAAAAACCUUUAAAUUGGUCAUUCUAUAAUUGGUUCACAUUGACUUACUGGCCAUUUGACAUUGAUUCAGAAAGUUAAAAAUAAUAUCUGAAAGCUAUUAGUUUUAUUCCAGUUGUGUUUGUAUAUUUGAAAAGUUAGAGUAAAUUAAAAGAAUUUAAUAGUCUGUUUAUUUAUCUAGUUUAGAGAAAAAAAAUGUCCCAGUAAAAUAUGAAUGAUUAAUAAAAGCAUUUUAUUCUGCUUACAACAGUUUAAUUUCAGUUCACGUAAUUUUAUCUAAUGGUCUGCAAUCUACUGUGACAUUCCAUGGUUUUCUUUGUGUGCUCUUAUCUUGUUUUUAAUGACUGAUGAAUUUUUUUUACAAAUAAGAAGAGUUUCGUGCAUGUGUGAAAAGUAAGGUUUUGUUCUGCCAUGAAUGGUUUGAAUCUCUUUUACUUAUAGUAAGGCUUUGAUGAACAGAGUCAUUCUUAUAAAACACUAACUUGUUAGUUAUUUGACUGUUUACUAUCAUUUAUUCAUGUUUGUAUGCACAAUUAGCUCCUCAUAAUUGUUAAAUAAAAUAGUAAAAACAUUGUUUUUAAC